UUUAUACCGUGUGAGGUAAUAUUUAGUGUCUGAGCGACAGUGCCGCAUUUUUUUGUAGCAGGAAUUGUGGAAUGAUGCGGGCGAUCUCUGGCUUGGUCUGCGUUGCCGUGCUAGUGCGGUCGGGAUGUUUUCUUUCCGGCCUCGAUAACGGAUAUGGACUUCUGCUACCGGCAAACACUGAAUCUCUUCCGCAGUGAACUCUCCAAUCCAACCGCUGAACUGUCCGACAGCAUACCCGGCUACCGCACCACGCAAAUGAAAGUGCGGAAUGCCUUACUCGAUCUGGGCGUGCCGGGACCCACGAGCCUCAUCACGGACCGCGGGCACACUACGCUACGCACUACAAUCGUUCUUUCCGCUCUUCCAGAAUACCGGCAUCACGGAGCAGGGCGAUCCGAUCUGGCCAGUUAGCCGAAAACAUGGCGGAUCCUGCGAUGUGGAAAUACAAGUGUAUGGCUUCUGCUUGCGGAUGUAUAAUCUCUACUCCAGAAGAAGUGGAUUUUCGUACCGAGCCCAAGGAAGCACCAAAUGUGAGGAAGAGACAUGUAAGCAUUAUUUGGGGAAUCAUAGGUUGAUCAACUAUAUGGACAUUCUGGGCCGUCAAGUGGACAUCCAACGCAGUGCACCUGCCAGCGGUUCGAUUGAAGGCGUCAAUACCACGCAAGCCCCUGUUACGAUCAAUAACAGCGCAGCCGCCAACAGCUAUACGCCGCAUUCGCGUGGAGCAGUUCAACAUGACGGUAGAUCAUUUGGACAAAGCAUAACUGGCGCUCCAGAAGUCCGAGGCAACACUGGAAAUGGUAUGCAGCUAGCCCGCAUGCAGCAGCCUGGAGUACAGCAUGGACUGAAUCCUCAGAAUGCUGGAUUUAGUGGCGGACGCCAGAGUAUUGGACUUCAAGGGUCACGGUCGCGUCCAUCUGCACCAUAUGGUUAUCCACCAGGCGGAUCGUUCGGACAGUCUCCGUUGCAAGGCGCCCGUGGCGGGGGACGUGGAGCAAGACGCCAAAGUCUCGGAAUGUUCCGUUCACCUGCUAGUUCAACGCCCGCGCAUGAAAUGUCUUGA